AUGUAAAUAUACCCUAUAUAUGGCGAUGAUUCUCCUAUAAAUGAAGUUACAUCUGGGAGUGGACAUAAAAGUGGAUCAAAUUAAAUGAAGAAACUUCAUAUAGCUAAGACUUCUCGAUAUCUGUAUUAGAAUAUUGUAAAGAAUAGAUUGCCACUUUAUAAUCCACCUUCAAUUGAAUCAAGAAUCACAUUGUCAAGAACAGACUCUCAUUUGAAGUUAAGUUUUGUUAGCCAUUCAUAACAGAUGAGGAGGAAUGCAAAAUGUGAAUUUCGUCAAAUAAGUAGAAAAUUGAUUCAUGCAAUGAAUUUUGUGAAAGAACUUAGAUAAUAUGCUGAAUAAUUAAGGACAUAACAUAUGGAAUAUAAAUAUCGGCAUCGUAACUUUUUGCCUUUGUACCCAGAUGAUAAAAUAUAUAUCAUAUGGAUAGUUUUAAUGAAAGGGUUGCAUUGCUUUGCCUCAAUAAUUUUGCCUUUUGAAUUGGCAUUCCAAGUAUUGUAGCUAAAAAUAUUAAGGGAGUCGGAACAAUAGUGACUCAAAUACUUUCUGCAAUAUUUGCAAUAGAUAUCCUCUUUAAUUGCAUAAGUUGUCACAUAGAUGAGCAUAACAUUCUUUUGCAUACUUUCGAUGCAAUAAUUCCCUAUUAUGUAAAAAGAUGGUUUUUAAUUGAUUUAAUAUCUAUAAUCCCAUUCGAAGAUUUCGAAAGUACUUAAAUAUUGGGAUUAAUGAGAUUACUUAGAAUAGCUAAAUAUUUUAUGUAUGAAAGACGUGAAAAUUACCAUACAGCAAAUGAUAUAAUUAAGAAGAAGGAAAUUAUAGUAAUUGAAGAUUUAUCUUAUAGAGAAGAUUAUAAUAUAGAUUUAAGAAUAAGAAGAGUAGUAACCAUAUUUAUAGAUAUGGUAAUAUUGACUCAUAUAUUUGCAUGUUUAUGGUUUUGGAGUGCUAGAAUAGAUGAAUUUAAUUAGGAUACAUGGGUUGUAAGAGAGAAUGUUUAAGAUUUUAAUAUAGGAAAAUAGUAUCUUAUUUGUUUUUAUUGGGCCAUAUAAACAGUGACUGUUAUAGGAUAUGGAGAUGUUGCUGCUCAUACAUCUUUUGAAUUCUUUCUUCAAAUUAUAUGGAUGCUAAUUGGAGUUGGAUUUUAUUCAUUUACUAUAGGUGAUAUUACUUGCAUUUUAGUAAAUGUUAAUCCACGUUAAGAAUAUGAAGAUUAAUUAAUAUUAUUAGAGGAAUUGGGAGAUUAAACAUUUAUGAUUGAUGAAAUACUCAAAGAAUUAAUACAAUUUGCUAAAUUUAAUAUAUCUCAUAAUCCAUUUUGGGCACGUAAUACAAUUGAGAUGGUAUAAGCUUUACCUUGGAGUAUGAGAUAAUAUGUUAUUGCAUCAACUCAUAGAGAAAUAUUAAAAAUGGUUCCAUUUAUUGCCAAUGAUAUUAAUUUCUCUACUAUGGUAUUACCUUAUUGUACUUUUGCUAAAUAUGAUGAAUAUUCUACAAUAUAUCAUAUAGGUUAAAGUUCUUCUGAUUUCUAUUAUUUAUUAAGUGGUGAUGUAAGAUUAUCUGAUGCUUCUGGUGAAUGUAUAAUAAGAGUUAUGGAAGGAACAGUUUUUGGAGAAGUAGAAUCAAUUGAAUAAACUUUAAGAAGAUGGCAUGCUCAUGCUGUUACAAAAAGUGUUGUUUUAAUGUGCCCAGGUAGAUUUUUUGAAUCUUUAAUCAAAUAAAAUUCUACUCAGUUUUUUGAAUUAUAUUAGAUGUAUAAAAGAAGGAAAAUCUUAUUAUCUGAUUAUGCAGAAUAAAAAUAAAGUAAUAUUUAUAUAUUAAUUAUUUUAGGAUAAGCUGUUAGACUUAAAAGAUCUACAGCCAUAAUUGUAGAAGGUAAGGUAGUUUAAACACAAUAAGUUAGGAGAUCAAGUGAAAAUAGAUAAUAAUUCAAAUCAAAAAUAGAUUGUAGAAAUUACAUCAGUGUAUAAUAGGAUUUAAUGUUAUCAGUUGUUGGUUAAAAAUAAGCAAGGAAGAAAUUAUUAAGAGAGAAAUUUAGAUUGGUAUAUUUUAUAUAUAUAUAUAUAUUUAAAGGCUGUUGAUAGAAUUAAAUAAAUGAUAGUUAGAACAAAGAAAAGAAGAGGUGCAUUAGUUGCAGNCAUAUGGAUAGUUUUAAUGAAAGGGUUGCAUUGCUUUGCCUCAAUAAUUUUGCCUUUUGAAUUGGCAUUCCAAGUAUUGUAGCUAAAAAUAUUAAGGGAGUCGGAACAAUAGUGACUCAAAUACUUUCUGCAAUAUUUGCAAUAGAUAUCCUCUUUAAUUGCAUAAGUUGUCACAUAGAUGAGCAUAACAUUCUUUUGCAUACUUUCGAUGCAAUAAUUCCCUAUUAUGUAAAAAGAUGGUUUUUAAUUGAUUUAAUAUCUAUAAUCCCAUUCGAAGAUUUCGAAAGUACUUAAAUAUUGGGAUUAAUGAGAUUACUUAGAAUAGCUAAAUAUUUUAUGUAUGAAAGACGUGAAAAUUACCAUACAGCAAAUGAUAUAAUUAAGAAGAAGGAAAUUAUAGUAAUUGAAGAUUUAUCUUAUAGAGAAGAUUAUAAUAUAGAUUUAAGAAUAAGAAGAGUAGUAACCAUAUUUAUAGAUAUGGUAAUAUUGACUCAUAUAUUUGCAUGUUUAUGGUUUUGGAGUGCUAGAAUAGAUGAAUUUAAUUAGGAUACAUGGGUUGUAAGAGAGAAUGUUUAAGAUUUUAAUAUAGGAAAAUAGUAUCUUAUUUGUUUUUAUUGGGCCAUAUAAACAGUGACUGUUAUAGGAUAUGGAGAUGUUGCUGCUCAUACAUCUUUUGAAUUCUUUCUUCAAAUUAUAUGGAUGCUAAUUGGAGUUGGAUUUUAUUCAUUUACUAUAGGUGAUAUUACUUGCAUUUUAGUAAAUGUUAAUCCACGUUAAGAAUAUGAAGAUUAAUUAAUAUUAUUAGAGGAAUUGGGAGAUUAAACAUUUAUGAUUGAUGAAAUACUCAAAGAAUUAAUACAAUUUGCUAAAUUUAAUAUAUCUCAUAAUCCAUUUUGGGCACGUAAUACAAUUGAGAUGGUAUAAGCUUUACCUUGGAGUAUGAGAUAAUAUGUUAUUGCAUCAACUCAUAGAGAAAUAUUAAAAAUGGUUCCAUUUAUUGCCAAUGAUAUUAAUUUCUCUACUAUGGUAUUACCUUAUUGUACUUUUGCUAAAUAUGAUGAAUAUUCUACAAUAUAUCAUAUAGGUUAAAGUUCUUCUGAUUUCUAUUAUUUAUUAAGUGGUGAUGUAAGAUUAUCUGAUGCUUCUGGUGAAUGUAUAAUAAGAGUUAUGGAAGGAACAGUUUUUGGAGAAGUAGAAUCAAUUGAAUAAACUUUAAGAAGAUGGCAUGCUCAUGCUGUUACAAAAAGUGUUGUUUUAAUGUGCCCAGGUAGAUUUUUUGAAUCUUUAAUCAAAUAAAAUUCUACUCAGUUUUUUGAAUUAUAUUAGAUGUAUAAAAGAAGGAAAAUCUUAUUAUCUGAUUAUGCAGAAUAAAAAUAAAGUAAUAUUUAUAUAUUAAUUAUUUUAGGAUAAGCUGUUAGACUUAAAAGAUCUACAGCCAUAAUUGUAGAAGGUAAGGUAGUUUAAACACAAUAAGUUAGGAGAUCAAGUGAAAAUAGAUAAUAAUUCAAAUCAAAAAUAGAUUGUAGAAAUUACAUCAGUGUAUAAUAGGAUUUAAUGUUAUCAGUUGUUGGUUAAAAAUAAGCAAGGAAGAAAUUAUUAAGAGAGAAAUUUAGAUUGGUAUAUUUUAUAUAUAUAUAUAUAUUUAAAGGCUGUUGAUAGAAUUAAAUAAAUGAUAGUUAGAACAAAGAAAAGAAGAGGUGCAUUAGUUGCAGAUCCAGAUUAUAAAAUUAUAAGAGAAUUGAUUGCUACAAGAAGUCAAUAGACAAUUUAAACUAAUAUGUUUGAGAGUAAUAAUUAUUUACAAAAAUUAAUGAAUAAAUUUGGUAAAGUUGUAGAAGAAGAAAAUUUAGUAUAAUCUUUUAUAAUAAAAAAAAAAUAAGAAUCUUAUGAAAAAAUUAAGAGAAUGAAAUUUAAGAAACUUGUUUGUGAAUGGAAUAAAAGUAAACAUCGUAAAUCAGUAAAAAGAGAAAUUGAUCUUUAUUAUUCAUGGUUUCAUGAAUUAAUAUAUUAAGAACUUUUAUAAACUAGAAUUGAUCAAAAAUAAAAGAUCAAAACUAAAUAAGAUAAUAUUAGAAAGAAUUCAGUUUAAUAACUUAAAGUAUUAAAUUUAAAUGUUAAUUAUAUAAUACAAUUAGCAAUGAAAUUUUCAAUUCACAAAUUUGAAAUAAUGAAAACUGAAAGAGAAAUUGAUCUAAUUAUUGAUGAAUGCCAAUCUAUUGUGUAAUAAAUUAUGUGA